AUGGAUGAUCCUACGGCCGGAUUUGAUGAACACACCGAGAGGUUGGUCACGGGUCUUCUUCGUGAGAAGCUGAAAGGACGGACUAUAAUCUCAAUUACCUAUCAAAUCAAUACUGUGAUGGACUCGGGUCUGGUCAUGGUCAUGAAGCACGGUAUAGUAUCUGAAUUAGGAGCACCGCAAGAGCUUUUGAGUAGGCGAGGAAUGUUCUGGCAGUUGUACUCGGCAAAGAUAUCAUAG